AUGUACCUGCUGUACCACAGGCCCAUGCAUCUUCCCCCCAUGCGGCAGAGCUGCAGAGAAUCAGUGCCCCCAGGACUGCCGGGAGGCCAUGACUUCAGUCCACGCAGGUGGCGGUGGAGGGGCUCAGCCCCCCCAGGAGGCCUUGCCCACAGUCCCGGGGAGCAGACAGCACAUCUUCCCACGGACGAUGUGCCUUUGUCUCCCCACAGGCAUGUGCACGGGCCCAGGGGCUGCACGGUGGGUUUGGAAAAGCAGCCUGGCCCUGGCGCAGGAAUUCCUCCCCAGGCCGGCCCCGCUGUCCAGCCAUCGAUUCCUUUCCCAGGACUGAUAUUUUUCACGCCAGGAAUUCAUCUUGUUGGCAGCUCCGUGUCCAAUCGCUCUCACCCUCCGCCCCCCGGUUGCGAGCCGGUGCAGCUCUCCUUGAGCAGCAAUGCUGAGGUCAGCAGCGGGGCUCUGAGAAACGACCGGUUUUCCGCCAGAGGCCACGAGCUCCAGCCAAGGGGAAGGCGGCUUCAGGCGGCCAAAGGCCGGGAAUUUUCCCCUGUGCCGCCCCAGUGGGAGAGGAGCCCUGCGCAGGCUGACGUGCGUGGGCUGGAGACGGGACUCCGGGAUCCAGCCCAAAAGGCCUUUCCUCCACCCUUGCACAUGCCUGUGUGUACACGCGUGUGCAUGCAUGUGUGUCUGCCUGCCUCUCUCAGCUCUGCGUUUCAAUGCAGCUUCCUCCUAACCCAUGUUUCCCUGAGGAGCCACCAAAACAUAAGCCGAGCACGGGCCCUUGCCCAGGGUACCUCCUCGACCCUGAUGCGCAAGGCCGGCCGUGCCACCAGCUGCCCGACAGGCCACAUGGAGAAACACACAACAGAUUUCAAAACAUAAAUUAAAGCAAAUUGCGUUUUUAUAUUGCAAAUAA